GUCACUACUCCGGGACAACCGGAAGUGCUCGUGAAAUCAGCAGCACACAGCAACAAUACGGCUCCUCUGUUUCUGAUCUUUCCUCUCCGUUAAACCCGGUAAACCCCGGUAAAAGCCGUUACUCCGGUACUUUACUCCGGUGUUUCCUCUCCCCCGGUUCUUCUGGUGUCUCCUUGCGGGCCCGGGAGCGCUGAUCACCCCGCGGGCAGCAGGUCAGCAGCAGCAGCGGCUCCACGGGCGCGAUGUCGAACCGCCUCGCCUUCCAGACGCAGCUCGCCUCCAUCAUGGAGGUCCUGGCGAACGCGGCGGUGGCGGAGAUCUGUAAGCUGGUGGAUGAUGAUUACGCGGUGAUGACCCUGCAGAUGUCUCAGUGCCAGCGGGAGAACAAGGCGCUGAAGCGGAAGCUGCAUCUGCUGGAGCUGCGGAUGGCCCGCGGGUUCGCGGAGCGGCGGAUCCGGGAGAGCUCGCUGAACCGCUCCAGCCGAGUGCAGGUCACCGCCAGCCUGCCGGACAAAUACCGGGACUUCAGCCGGGCUCCAGCGGGCGGUAUCUUUCCAGGUCGAGAUCAGCUCUAUGGGCGGCAGCUGAACGAGGAUCUCUGGAGAGAGAGGGAACCUCCUGCUACAGAUGUGGCAAUCGAUCGUCCAGUCCAUAAGGACACAGAGACUGUGACUGAAGAUAAUGGGCCAGAAGCUGUUCUGGUGAAGGCUGAGACAUCUGAUGAAGGCAAUAAGCAACCAGAGCUGUUCAUCAGAGAAGACGGAGUGGCAGAGCCUAUACCUGAGGGUGGGGAGGCAGGUUACGGUGCUGCUCAGAUGGAAAAAGCAGACGGUCACCACUCCAGGACACGCCGGCAGGCUUUGGAGCCUCAGAAGACAGAGGAUGAGGAGCCAGAUGUGCUGUUCAUCAAAGAGGAGCAUUCAGAGCAGGAGAGAAGAGACAGCCAGACACAUGGAGGCAUGAGCGUACAAGAUGGUUUUGUGGAGUCCAGCACUGAUAUUUGUAGAAGCGGCACAUCUUCUUCACCUGCACAGAUUACAAUAGCGCUGGGAGCUGAGGAGUCUGAAGAAUUGGAUUCAUCUCUUAUAAAGGAAUCCUCAGCAGAACAGGAAAAGAAGACUGUCUCCAAUCAGUCUGCAGGAGUUCAGAUUUCCAUACAGAAUGUAGUAGGUGCUCAGACUGCUGCCUCUCUACAUUCUCGUGAUCCUGCUCUUCCACACAGAGGAGGAGGAACAGCAGCAGCACAACCCAUAGGGGUCAAAACAUGGGAUCUCCCCAGCACUCAGGAGUCUCAGCUCCAGGUUGGAGGGGAGAGCAUCUCCAACCCACUUUCUAACCAGAGCACCCAGAGACGAAAAAUGGCCAUGUCUGCUGAUUUUCUGGGGGCGAACAAUACCCUGUUUGAGAGACCAGGAGAGGUGGAGGCACUGUUUACUCGAUGGACUGCAAACAAUUCCUCUGCCAGCCAGCCGUCUUGUUCUUAUGUUGUGGACGCAGACCAAGACCAGGACUGUGUGCUGGUCCAGCCAGCGGCUCUGUCUGGCAUAGAUGGAGGGUCUUCUAACAGGCUUCAGGAAGCCAGAGGGCCUAUUGCAGUAGACGAGGAGUGGACCACAGCUGCUAUUUCACAGCAAACUCAACAGCUGAGUCAUUAUAGCAGGACAGAUGGGGUCCGAUUAGAGCAAUCGAACAGAGUAAAUGUUUCUCAGACUGUUUCGAAGGUCACUAUGAACUCUCAAAUGCUGACGAGUUUCUCCCAGGCUGGGUAUUCUCUCGCUGGGCUGCAGAUGCCCAAGCGCCUGGAGAAGGGUAAGAGGAAGAGCUACAUCUGUAAGUACUGUGGAAAGGCUUUCACUGGGCUGUCCAAUGUGGAGGCUCAUCAGAGGGUCCACACAGGAGAGAAGCCUUUUAAAUGUGAGACAUGCGGGAAGCUUUUUGCAGAGGCAGGAAACCUGAAAAAGCACCAGAGGGUUCACACAGGGGAGAAACCGUUCACGUGUACCCGCUGUGGCAAACGCUUUGCCUGGAUCUGCAACCUCAGGACUCACCAGCAGUCGGCUUCCUGUGGAGGAGUUUGAAGCCAAAAUGUGGUUAAAUUAUUGAAUUAUUGGAGUUUGUAGUGUCUUCUUUUUUACUAUGUCCGAUUUAAAUAUAUGUAGUUUGUAGAAAUUUCCUAAAUUUUGAGAAAAGUAAGAAGUAGAAUACAUUGGAUUCAGACGUGCUGAUAGAAAAUGACUGUGCUUGACUUACUCAGUGUGUUGACCAGUUUAGAGUCUAGCUGUUUUAAAAGUAACAUGGUGCUUCUCUAAAUGUUAAGUUGGUGCCUUAUAUUUUAAUUACCCCUACCUUUUAUUAACACUGUCCAACAAUGAACAACCCUUUCACAACUCUCUACCGAACACUUACCUCACUGACCGCUCCACUGGCCCUGAACUUCAACUGUGAACCUGUCAAGUCUCAGAAAUAACUAACUAUUUCGUUCUACCUCCUGAUCUUUUUUUGUAGACAAACAAACAAAGCAAUAUGUGAAAGAAAAGCCAGACUGUUCAGUUUUCAUAAUCACAAACAAUUAUAUAACAGUGUUAGAAAAUCAUGUCUGUUUAAACAAGGCUACAAUUUUCAGCAACAAUACUAUAAAGGAGGACAGCAAUGUAUCAGUUACUGCAAAUGUACAUUUCCUCAGAGUAAAAAGUGAAAAGAAAA